AUGCCGCUCGAGGGUUCAACUCAACAGCAAGGGACAGGCAUGAAAAUGCAGGAUGAUGGCCAGGAGGCACAAGAGGAGGUGCCGGCUGGUUGGAGCCGCGAUGGUGAUGGGAAACUGAAGCCGAUCAAAGGAGAGAUCAUCGCCGUCGACUUCAACGCCAGUGGAUCUUCCUCCCUCCAGGACAGAUUUCGUAACUUCAGGUUGAACAAGAUGAAGUCACAGAGGCAGGAGGCAAUCAACUCCAAGAAGAAGCAGGAGGAGCGACAAGAUCCUGCGAAAAUGCAGGAGCUACGACAGAUGUUCAUUGAUAGAUGCAAGUCGUACUAUGGUGUCCCUUACGCCAAGAAGUAUCAUCAGCCUGACUCUGAGCUCUACAACUCCAAGAAGUUCCUUGACUGCUGCGGCCUCGUCCGGCAGGUUCUGCGCGACAUGAAGAACGAGCUCGGGUUCUCGCCCGGGCCCUGGAAUCAGGCUUAUCAGUUUGACACGCUGCCGGUGCGGUACGAGACAUGGCAGGAGAUGAAGCCGGGAGAUCUAGUCUUUGCUGAGGGCGAGUACGUCAAGCCUGGCAUGAAGCCGCAGCCAGGUAACAUCGUCCACGUCGAAGUCUUCCUCGGAGGUGGUACGGAGGGCAAGUCCGUAUGCGGAGCCCGUUGGAACUCAGGAGUCGUUCAGGAGUUUGACAGCUACGAGUUCGCAGCCAAGUCAUGGUCGUUGACGAGAUGGCACUUCUGCUCCAUCGACACCUGGCUGACCGGAGUGUGCAAGUCGUUCAACCCCGACAGGAAGUGGAAGCGGAAGCAGCAGUGGGUGCCGGGCAGCCGCAGCAUCUUCCAUGCCGAGGAGGAGGAGGAUGAGAUGGCCGAGGACGAGCUGGAUGAACAAGCGGAGGAGGGAAGCGGGUUGAGCAGCAGAGCAGGCAGGAGAUUUUUCGUCUCUGACCCGAUGAAGUACCGGACGGUGGUGGAGGCGCUGGCGAGCAAGGGAUGGCACCAGAUCACGAUGAAGGACGCGGAGAACCUGAACUUCGACCUCAAGUGGACGGAGACCCUCGUGGAAGUCGACCUGGCGAGGUUUCGCAACAACGAGCAGUUGCUCUCCCUCAAGAUUGUGAAUCACAUCCCGACGCGCUUCCCGCUCUCAAACUUCAACAAGCUUAUCAAGACACUCCGGUCAAGAGACAGACAAAUCAUGCGAGAACACAAGAAGUCGGAGGAAGGAGCCUUUUCCUCCUCCUCCUCCUCUCCCUCCUCCUCUCUCAUCACCUCGGACAAGUUUGUUCCUCAGGUUUUCGACGUCACCCUCUCCACGGACAGGAUGCAUCUGAUUCAGAUCCUGGAGGAGGGAGAGCAGAAGAACGACUCAUGGGUGCUCAAGUCGGCGGGAGGAUCGCAGAGAAGUGCCGGUCCUGACAAGAAAGGAUACACCAUGAUCCAGAAGCACAUCGCAGACCCUCUCCUCCUUCAAGAUCGCAAGUUUGCAAUCCGCUGUUUCGUCCUCAUCCCUCAGACUUUCCCGGCGUUCAAAAUUCUCUUUCACACUGGGUUGUGUUGUUCAGCUCUCAAGAGCUACAGCAGAGAUCUGCUGGAGGAGGAGGUGCAGGACCCGUUCCUUGGGUUCAGAGUUGGGGACGCGAGCUUUGCCAGGACAUGGAAACAAGCAGAGGAAGCGCUGGCGCAGGAGGGAGCUAUCCCACGCGGUUGGUUCGAUGACCAGCUGAAGGAGCAGCUGGAGACAAUCUGCCGAGAGACUUUCUGCGCUGCUAAGAAUGAUCUUUCCAGGGUCAGGGGUUACUUCGAGCUUUUCUCCGUCGACUUCCUCGUCGACUCCUCACUGAAGCCCUGGCUCCUUCGGGUGGGCAGCAACAAGCAUCUCUCUGCUGACGUUCCCGAGCUGCGGCAAGAGCUGUUCAACAUCGUCAGCGAUGCUCUUGAAAUCGUCCUUGAGCUCAAUGAAAAGACUAAGGUAGAGGGAAAAUCUCCAGCUAUGGAGGAAAUGGAGCAACUAAGGUGCGAGCUGGGAGUCUGUCGGGAGACAGCUGACGAGUCAGCCUGCAGAAAAAGUUCGUUCAAAGUUCUCCUCGAGGAAUGACAGUGAAUCUCCGGUUGUCAUACAAGACAACCUAGUCAGAAGAACGGGAGAGGAGAGGAGACGAUUUAUGUUUAUGUGAUGUCUUACGGUAU